AUGAAAUCAUGGAUACGGUAUACCGCAAAGAUCGAGCGGGAAAAGGCCCUUAUAACCGCGGCAACCAACAUGCGACAAUCGACAGAUAACCCCCUGGUACAGCAGCGAGUUGAUGCAAAUAUCCGCGACAGUCGCAAGAAUAUCGUCUACUUGGAGGAGAAGAUGCGGGAACUCCAGAUUCGCAAAAUGGGCCGUGAUGGCGGCCAAUCUCCCGACCAACCUGGCUCUCCGGCAAGUCCUCGAGGCGCGUCCCGUGGUUAUGGCAGUGGACCUCCACCUCCUCCCAAGGAUGAUGGCGGUCGCUAUGCUUCCAAUGACAGAGGUGACUAUGGGGAUGUCGGCCCGGGAGGAUAUAGCCAGGGUGGAACUGGAGCUAUGCCGCCCCGUGCUCCAUAUGGGGACCCUAGGCCUGAUACUUCCAUACCAAAGGCCCGGCCAAAUUUUAGCAAACUAGGCAAGUUGUCUGUUGAGAAGCAAUACAAAGACGGGAUUGAGAAGAUGGUUCGGUUGUAUCAAGAUGAGGGAGACCGGAAGAGCAGAGCGGAUGCCGAGGGACGGCGAAUCGAGAGCAUCCAGAAAAUCAGGCUUUUAAAGCAGGCUCUGAAAAGAUAUGAAGAUCUCCACGUUGACAUCGCAUCCUCUACGGAUCAUCCCGAUGAUGAGAGUCUGAAUUCGCCAAAUAUUAGAAAGCCCCUUACCGGUCAUUUAACAAUGCGCAUCCACGCAGUGAAAGACGUUGACCAUGCAGCAAGCUCUCGGUUUUCACGAGGCCCUGAAACAUUCGUUAUAAUGAAAGUAGAAGACGCGAUUAAGGCAAAAACUAGAGCAACUAGAAGCGAUAAAUGGACUGAGGAAACUUUCAAUGUAGAUAUCGACAAAGCCAACGAGAUCGAGCUUACGGUUUAUGACAAGGCUGGAGAUCGUCCAACUCCAAUUGGAAUGCUUUGGAUUCGAAUAUCCGACAUUUCGGAAGAGAUGCGGCGGAAAAAGAUAGAGUCGGAGUUCAACGCAUCCGGAUGGGUCUCCGCUGACAAAAUGGAACACGGAGGGCCCAGUGGAAUCAGACCAGAUGCUCAAUUCCAUAGCGUUUCGCAGCCCUCGUUUGGUGGGGGUUCACAAGCAGGACCCAACGCCCAGCAUAUAGCUCAGAAUGCAACCGUGAUGAUUGAUUCAUGGUUCGCGCUAGAGCCUGUUGGUAGAAUACAUCUCACAAUGAGCUUUGCAAAACAAUUAAAGGAUCGACGGCCAUUUGACAUUGGUCUCAAUCGACAGGGUGCUGUUCGCCAGAAGAAGGAAGAGGUCCAUGAGAAACAGGGACAUAAAUUCGUUACACAACAGUUCUAUAACAUUAUGCGUUGCGCUCUCUGUGGAGAUUUCUUGAAGUAUGCUGCAGGCAUGCAGUGUGCAGAUUGCAAGUACACAUGUCACAAAAAAUGUUACCCGAAAGUCGUCACCAAGUGUAUCAGCAAGGCGAAUUACGAAACCGAUCCAGACGAGGAGAAAAUCAACCAUCGUAUUCCCCAUCGAUUCGAGGGUUAUUCGAAUAUCUCUGCUAAAUGCAGUCUUACAUGCCAUGCGCAGUGCGCGCAUCUCGUUCCAGACUUUUGUGGCAUGUCAAUGGAAGUUGCCAACCAAAUCUUAGAGACUCUUAUUCAAACCAAAAAUCAUAACAAAAGCGCAUCUGGAAUGAGUAACCGCACCUUACGUCCACCUGGCCGCCCACAACCAGCAGGAGAAAGUGGACAGAAACCACCAGAUCCUGGGUAUGGACAGCCCCUGAAACUUGCUUCCGCAGAGGCAAUCAGCGCGGCCCAUAGCUCCUACACGCCUCAGUCACCGGUUGCGUCAUCCAGACAGAGUCACCCUCCCCGUGGUUCCUCAAAUGCAGCGGCCGCUGCCGCUGCAGCCGCAACGGGUAUGCGUCCACCCUCACAGCCUGGGCCUCCCACGGCCUAUGAAAGGGCCGGAGAGUACCCUGGGGUUCGACCAGCUGAUCAGUAUCAAACGGAUCCUCGUGGCAUCGCAGAUGCCGCCCGUCAACCCCAACAGCAGCCGCCAUCACAUGCCCACUAUGAUCCGAGCGCCUACGCGAGCAUAGGUACAUACGGCCAGGCACCACAGCUUCCCCCUCUACAGGUUGCCCCACCUCCCUUGCAAUAUGGCCACUCCCAGCACACACCGCUUACAUCGCAACCUCCCAUGUCCGCACUCCCUGUGAAAGAACCCCAGUCCGGACCGGUCGCCACGCAGCAGCCACCACAACAACCGAAGCCUAAAGUUGGCCUGGACCAUUUCAACUUCCUGGCUGUUCUUGGAAAGGGGAAUUUUGGCAAGGUUAUGCUGGCCGAGACGAAAUCUUCUAAGAAACUAUACGCUAUUAAAGUAUUAAAGAAGGAAUUUAUUAUUGAGAAUGAUGAAGUGGAGAGUACGAAGUCUGAAAAACGGGUGUUCUUGAUUGCUAAUAAGGAGCGACAUCCCUUCUUACUUAAUCUCCAUGCAUGCUUCCAGACGGAAACUCGUGUCUAUUUCGUCAUGGAAUAUAUUUCUGGCGGUGAUCUCAUGCUUCAUAUUCAACGUGGUCAGUUUGGCUUGAAACGUGCACAGUUUUACGCCGCUGAGGUCUGCUUGGCGUUAAAAUAUUUCCAUGAGAACGGCGUAAUCUACCGUGAUUUAAAACUUGAUAACAUUCUGCUAACGCUGGACGGCCACAUCAAAAUUGCCGACUACGGGUUGUGCAAGGAGGAAAUGUGGUACGGCUGUACCACCAGCACAUUCUGUGGCACCCCUGAAUUCAUGGCACCAGAAAUUCUCUUGGACAAAAAGUACGGACGCGCGGUCGAUUGGUGGGCGUUUGGCGUCCUCAUUUACCAGAUGCUUCUCCAGCAAUCCCCUUUCCGUGGCGAAGACGAAGACGAAAUCUACGAUGCAAUCUUGGCAGAUGAGCCUCUCUACCCAAUCCAUAUGCCCCGCGAUUCUGUGUCGAUUUUACAGAAGCUAUUGACUCACGAGCCGGAAAUGAGACUUGGAUCUGGACCAACAGACGCGCAAGAGAUCAUGUCCCAUGCAUUCUUCAGAAACAUUAACUGGGAUGAUGUAUACCAUAAACGCGUGCCUCCACCAUUCUGCCCGACCAUCUCUAACCCAACGGAUACAAGUAACUUCGAUCAAGAGUUUACAAGCGUGACGCCUGUGUUGACUCCUGUACAAUCUGUCCUCUCGCAAGCGAUGCAAGAGGAAUUCCGCGGCUUCUCGUAUUUCGCCGAUUUUGUUUAA